CAACCACAUCAACAAGCUCUAAUAUGACAUGGGAGGGUUCUUCAAGUUUGGCAGAAAAGAUGCUGAUCAUCAUGUGCAUUACUCGCAUAAGCCGUUGCUGCCAAGGUGAAUCAUCCUGGUUCGUCAAACACGGAUGAAGAAGUCCUUGACACUAUACCAGACCACAAAAUCCCGUUAACAUCACAGGGGAUUGAGCAAGCCAGACAGGCUGGCCCCAAGAUCCUGGAUGUGGUAUCUGAGCAUGGAAGUUCAGAGAAGUGGACUGUUUACUUCUAUGUGUCUCCCUACAAGGUCAACUUUGAGGGAGAUUGGCCAGUCUUUUCCAAGGAAUCGAGUUUCCGGGGUGAGAGAGGAAUCCAGGAUCAGAGAACAAGAUCAUGGAAAUUUUCGGGAUGAAGAGCAUAUGAAGGAGCUCAAGAAGAUCAGAGAUAGGUAUGGAAGGUUCUUUUAUCGUUUUCCUGAAGGAGAAUCCGGAGCUGAUGUUUAUGAUCGAGUUUCAAGUUUUUUUGAGUCAUUGUGGAGGGAUAUUGACAUGAGUAGACUUUCUGUUGAUCCUUCUGCUGAUCUGAACAUAGUAAUCGUGUCUCAUGGAAUAGCGAUUCGGGUUUUUCUUAUGAGGUGGUUCAAGUGGAGUGCUGAGCAAUACGAAUCUCUCAAAAGCCUAAAAAACGCCGAGUCCAGAGUUCUGGAGUUGGGACAGAGUGGAGAGUACAGUUUGGCUAUUCAACAUGAUGAUCAAACCAUGAAGGCAUGGGGACUGUCUGAUGAAAUGAUUGAGGAUCAAAAGCAGAGAGCCACUGCUAAACCUGGUGAAUAUGUUUGGAAGGAAAAGAGUCCAUGGUACCUUAACACUUUCUUUGGUUCAUCUGAUAAUGAAUCUCAUCUGGCAGAUGGUGGAAAGAAGUGA